GUUAUCCGGUUAGAUUGAUACUUUUUGUCACAUUCUUAUUUAUUAUCCGAUACGAUUUGCUCGGCCAGCUUCAAAACACCACGGAGAACCUGAACAGUCGAAUCGAGGCGUCAGAAUCCCGUGUUCGUACGUUGGAGCAGGAAAGAUCUUAUGACCUCGAAGCCACAAUGAACAAAUUGCAAGAGGAACAGCAGCGGAAUGCUGAACUAACGCGAACCAAUGAAAUGUUGCGCGAACAACUGGAUCAAGCCAUCCAUGCUAAUGAAGGCCUGAGCCAAGAUGUAGCUCGACUGACGUUGGCCUGGCGACAUGCUGCCCAACAGCUGGACAAGCGCGAAGCCGAAUGGAGGGAAGAAGAGAACGCUUUCAAUGAUUAUUUUGCAGCUGAGCACAGUCGUCUGUUGGCACUGUGGCGGGCUGUAGUUGGUCUUCGACGUCAGUUUGGUGAUUUGCGGCAGGAAACCGAACGCGAUUUGACCCAGGCUCGAACCGAGUUGUCACGACAUGUGCAAAAUCUGCAAUCUGUUUGCGGCAACCUCGAGGCCAAUCUACGAACGGCUGAGGCAGAGUCACAGGCAAAUGUUCGUCGGGAAACGAGACAUGCCAGUGUCCUUGAGGCUGAGGCUGCCGAUCGUGUGCGCAGCCUGACGGAAUCCCUGGCGCGCAGCCAGGCGAGGUUGGCGGAGACUGAGAACAAGCUGGCCGAACUAGCUUCCGCUAAGGAGCGCCUCACAACGCAGCUUGCUGAUCGUGAUCGCAUCUUGAACACACUGAGUCAGCUGCGUUCGGGGAUCAGCCUGGGAAAGAAGUACACCAAAAAAGGGAGGCGUGGUCGCCCGGAGUCGGAAACAUCUGGCGAUGAAGAGCACGAUACAACCACGAUCAGUGAAGAUGGAGAGGAUCAUUUACGAGCCACAAAACUGUUGAUUGAGCAUACUCACGUGAUGCACCAGGCCUUGAGUCAAAUCGCGCAGUUGGUCAUUACGGACUCUGUCGUCGCGGAUUCAGAUGAGGUGGAAGAGCCAUCACUGGUCCUGCAACAUCCAGAUUGGUCACUUGGUCGCGAUUCCACCCGAUCCUCGGAUCACAAGACCGCGAAAUCCGAGGAUGACAAGACCAGACCAAGAUCCAGUUCUCCCACGCGGACGGUUGACUUUCGUGAGGACGUUGAAUCUGAUCAACAGGCUUAUAAACUUUAUGGUAUCACACAAGGAGAUAUCGCUCAACUAAGGCGUCUUGCUCAAUCAAAGUACAAGGCAGGCUCCAGCUUGCAUUUGGCUGAGUCUACCGUGUCUGCCGUCCAGAUGGCUUUGAACCGAAGAGCUGCUCACGUACACCGGCUGAGAUUCCGCACCCAGGCACUUCGUGAUCAACUUCAAGCACUGGUUCGCCGGUCAGAGGAUUUGGAGAACGAACGUCAGCGGGUGAGCGAACACGCAGCGCGCCUGCGGGAGGACUUGGAAAAACAAACUCUGGAAGUGGACAAGCUGGCCCGUGAGCGAGAUCGUAUCAAACACAGUUUUAACCUCACUGACGAAGAACGAAAGCUGAGUGAAACCACGAGACACACACUUAAUGAGCAACUCCGUGAAUUGCAGUCGGAGUUGGAGCGAAAUCGGUCGCAACUUCAUGAUGCGGCAAAACAAAAAGACGAGUUAGCUAGUGAACGGGAGAAACUGCAGAUUGAGAAAGAUAGAACGUUGCGUGAACUGUCAACGGUGAAGUCCUCUCUGGAAAAUGCUGAGAAGCGGGCAGCCGGCUAUCGAGAGGAACUGGCGACGAUUCGAGAAUCUCUGCGACGUGCUGAACUGGAAAAAGAGGUGUUGAAUCAAGAAAAAUGUGAUGCCCUUGGAACAGUGACACGUGUGCAGACAAGGAUAGAUGAACUGGAACAAAAAAUCUAUCAGUCGCAUAUCCAAGAAACGCAGCUCAAGGAUCGCGUGGCUCAACUCGAGACAAUGCUGGAGAUGCACGAAAGAGAUAAUCAACACCUGGUCCAGCAGAAUGCAAUGGCGCAUUCCACAGAACUCCGACUGAACGAAGAACGAACCAGUCUCCGAUCGGAGAAGCAACAACUCCGAGACGAACUGGACAAAGUCUACAUGGAACGGGGGACUAUGAGUGCGGAAUUGGAACAGGUCAAAGAGAAUGUGGUGAGACUGGAGGCGGCCAAGAAUCGGCUGGAAGUUGAGACAAACGAGUUGGCACACGAAAGGCAGGCACUGAUUGAUUCACUGAAUAAUGCUGAGCGCCAAAAAGCUGCAAUGAUGGAUGAUCUGAAUACCUAUCGCAAAGAGUCUGAUCGACAUGCGGGUCUGAUAGCCCGAUUCACCAGCGAGAAAGAAGCAUUGGCCAAACAGAAGGCGGAACUACUUGUUCAGCUAUCCAUACUGGAACGUGACGCUCGACAACAAGCAGAGCACAUCGCCAGGCUGAAAGGCGAGAAAGAAACGUUGGAAUCCAGUCUUUUUGAUGCACAAGAGUUGAUUGAACAGUUACAAACAAAACAAGCCGCUCUGGAACGUGAAACGGCCGAACUGAAAUUGCGUCGGGACACGUUACAAGCCGAACUACUUCGAGCGCACACAAACUUUCAAGUUGAGUUGGACAAAUCUCAAAGAAGUCAACGUGAACUCGGAAGCCAAUUGCACACGGAACUGGCGGACCUCAGAUCUGCGCUGACACAAGCUGAACGUCGUGCAAAGGAAGCCGAGGAGGCGUGUCUCCAGGCCGUGCUACGUGCUGAUCAGGCAGUGAGUGUGAUGGGCAGACAUCAACGACUCGAGGCUGAAUCUACCACGGAUCGUGAAACGGAGCUCAGAAAGUCAGCAGAGGAGGUGAAUCGUUUGACGCGUGCACUUCUGGCUGCUCAAAGAGAACGAGACGAAGCUCGUUUGUAUUCCGAACAAGAACGUCAACGUUCUCUGCUUCGUGCAGCUGAGGAGAAGGCCGGUCUGCAGGAACGAGUGAGCAUGCUGCAACAGACGAUUACCGAUCUGCAGGUCGCACUGGAACGAUCGCACCAAGAAAGCAACGUUCGCGGUGAGCAAGAACGUUCGGCUCUUCGGAAAGCCACAGAAGAGGUACGAAGCUUUCGAAAUCAACUGGAGGAAACUUGUGCUCAACAUGAACGGGAGGUACAUGAACUUCGCAUCCGAGUUCACGACCUUGAAGCCCAUCGUGAUCAGCUGAUCAAAGAGACCAGCGAUUUACAACUGCAAACUCGACUAGCCGAAGAAUCACGCGAUGGAAACCGAUCAGAAAUCCUUGAACUGGCCCGCCGAGUGCGAACAGCUGAAGAGGCCAACGACGCGGCCAGACGUGAAUGUAUUGAACUGCGGCAAAGAAUAGCUGAAGCAGAACGUGAAAAGAACGCCUUGGAUGUGUCCAACGAUGAACUUCGUCGCCAGUUGAAGACUGCGGAAAUGGAACGAGUCGAGCUGGUGCGCAUGACCAACGUGACACGGUCUCAGUUGCAAGGAACCGAAAUGGACCGGACGACUGCGGAGAGAAGAGUGGCUGAUCUUCAGGAUAACCUGAAAGAGGUUACCACUUCAGCUGCUGAGGCUAGACGUGAAGCAGUCGAAUUAAGGAAUCAGUUGAAGAAGGUCACUUUCGAGCGCGACUCGCUAGAUCAAGAAAUAGGUGAAUUACGUCAUGCUCUCAAAGACAGUAACGCCAAGGAAGAAAUCUCAAGGCGGGAUAAGGCUGGCCUAAAGCAACGCUUGUUGGAUCUUGAUAGUUCAAAGUCGGCUCUCCAGUCAGAGGUCAAUAACUUGACAAGACAAGUCACAGAGUUGGAAGACGCUUUGCGAAACCGUGAGCGUGCGGCCAACCAAGCGACCGAAGAGUGGCAUCGUGACUUCCGGUGCUUGGAAGAGACAAAGCAGGCGUUGGAGAAGAAGAUUGAACAAUCUCACCUAAUCAUUGGCGAACUGCGCACCUCUUUGACCGAGACACAGACUCAUCUACACGGGAUGGAAGCCGAAUUCUCUGACACACUGGUAGCCAGGCAAGAGGCUGAGACCAGACUUUCCGCCAUACACAGCAUUCUACGACGUCUGUUGGGAUUUCGGCAGUCACAGUAUCUAGGUCUUCCGGACAAAACCGAUACACCUCAACCGGAGCCUGACAUUAGCCCGACGGAAGCCAUGGAUGACACAGAGGAAGAUAAAUCACGUAAAACCGGACCAAGAAGUAUGGAGUUGUUUGACUUGGAUUCUCAGACACAACGAUCUGAAGAAGAUGGGGAUAGCGAUUUGGCCUUGAAACGAGUGGCUGAACGUGUACUGCGGAACCGUUUGACCGCCCGAGGCCAAACCGCAUUGAGACCACGCACUAGGGGCUUUCGUCGUUCUCAGUAUGACUCCGGCGAGUUGUAUCCACCGUUUAUUCGCCGAGUACGGUCUUCGAUAAGACAACGGCGUUCCAAAUCUAUUUCGCCACCUCGAAACAAAAUGGACAGCAUUACUGAUCGACCCACAUCUGUCGAGCGAAAUUUGGACUCCUUCCAUAAGUUGGGUUACGCUGCCUCCGAGGCGCUGGAUACCGGACCCAUGGGAACAACUAGUGAGCUUGUAUUGGCCAAUAUAUCCACGCAAUGGCAACAUACCUUACGCACACACCUGGGCAGUAUUCGCUAUCGCGGUUUGCCCGGAUCAGAUCUGGACCCUGAGGCGGUUCGAAUGGUGCUGCGCGAGUUCCUGCGUCAUUUGGUCGAGAUCGAGCGUGAUCGCGACUCGAAGGACAUCAAAGCGAGAUUGAGUGAGGAACAAUUGUUCGACCUACGCAGACAGGUGGCCGAUCGAGAGCAGCGAAUUGGACAGCUCCAGUCCACACUAAAUGGCAUAGAGCGUGACAAGCUGGGAAUUAUGGAGCAGUUGCGUUCGAUGAAAGCUGCCAUCUCAGAGCAGGAAGCAUUCAUGUGCAAGCGAGACAAAGAAUACGAUACUGCGAAAGAUAGGCUCGCAGUGGUCGAACAACAGCUGGCUUUGUGCGAGGAGGAGAAAAUGCAACUGCACGCCCGACUGGACAAGCUCAAGUCUUCGGAGAGUUGGCUUGACGAGGAUAGGCGUCAACUGCUACGAUCGUUGGACGAUGCGGAAACCAGAUAUACCGAAGCCGAGGUGGCCAGACGACGUUUAGAGGGAGAUCUGAAACGAACCCGAGUUACAAUGGGCGAGCUGGAACAAGAUAAGCAGCUGACACGUGCGCUGAAUCAGACCAACACACGAGUGAAUGAGUUGAAAGAUCAGCUGGACCGAGAAAGGUCAGACCAGGCCCGCUUGAAAGAACAGCUGGCAGAAGUACACCGUCGUAUGGAUCAGGCACACAAAGGUGCAUCCGUAACGGACCAGGAAAAAAGAUUACUUCAGGAACGACUGGAGACUUGUCGCGCCAGUCUGAAUGAGACUAAAUCACAGCUUCACGAAGCGCUGGAGCGACUGCAGCAGCUGCAACUGGAAACGUCGGACAGUUCCCUGAGAAGGGCAGAACUGGAAACCCAGCUUCGGCAAAUGACCAAUUUGGCCACGGAAACGCAGCAGACCACCAACGAUCUUCAAUCCCGAUUGACCGCCCUACAGAGUGAGCACACAAAAGUCUCGGAGCAGAACACCGAACUUCAGCGGAGCUUAAACAAUCUCGGCUUGGAGAAACACGAGGUUGAGUGCGAACUGAAUAGACUGCGGAAAGAGCGAAAUCAAUGGAAAAAGACGGUUGAUCGAGUCGAACGUGAACGCAACAGAGAUGAGGAAAUUUCCGGAAAAAUUCAGUCGGAGAACAAGGCGCUCAUUCAAUCCAUACGGCGGUUAGAAGAUGAGAAUUUGGACCUACGUCGAGAUCUACAGAAAGCGCAGGCUCUGUUGGCGCAACAAGAAGAAACACGCGCAUUACGCAUGACCGAGAUCAACUCGAAACAGCGUUCAGAAUUGGAGGCUGAGUUGGAACGCCAACGUCUCGCAUUGCAACAAGCCGAGAAAACCCUGCAAGUGAAGGAACGUUCACACAGACAUCGAAUUCGUGGUUUGGAAGAACAGGUGUCUUUGCUCAAGGAACAACUCACUUUGGAAAUCCACAAACGGCAAAUGUUCUCUACAAAGCCAUACGGUUUGACAAGCCAACCUAACCUACUCUACCUGAGCUCCACUACGACAACUGAACUGGAUCCAGCGAAUGAACCACGCUCGCGAACAGAGGGCAGUCUGCUACAGGAAACAUUUCCACUGGGCCAAUACAAACCGACCAUAGCGCCGUCACGCUACGAUCCAUACUACUUUCAAGUGACUGGUUCAAUACCCUCCCAACUGGAUCGAACCUACGGCGUGGGUGGUCGCUAUCUUCCGCGCGAUAGCGGCACGAGCCUGGCAGCCAGUCAACCAGCUUCAGCCAUCUCUAAAUCCGAAAAUCUACACGCGGCACACAGUGGCGAGAAGGACAGACGGAAACCAGCUGAGGAAGCGCCGAGAUCCGGAGAAGCCUCGAGUUCACAAUUCUCCAGGCCAUCCGGAACGGCCGGACUACAAACAGAGAGUCCAACAGGAGGGGGCAACCGGAGUACCAGCGAGUCAGUUCAACGCCAGUCCUCGGAUAAGUCAUAAGCAUGUAGAGUCGUCCUCCCGGAGGCGAUGACUUCCGAUGCUGUCAUGUGUACAGUUGGCCACUUGCAUUUGAAGCGUACAUUUUUACCUUCCUCUAUAUAAGACCUAUCUAUAUGCCUGUUUGACUCGAACUACGUAAAGAAAAAUUCCAACUACACCAGUAGUCGGAGACAAUCUAGUUACAUUUUCAAAUUGUAUUUCCCCGAUGACUUAUUGCUAUUCGUUUUUGCAAUCGAUACAAUCGUCGCUAUGGCAACAACACAUUCCCGUAUGAAGUGGUUCGCUCCACAUGCACUCCACUGCUUUCCUUCACACUUUCUUUUCACCUGUCCUGCACAGUCUGAAUGCGUCGGCUGCAUUUUUCACCUAACAACGUAUUCCUCGCGCUGUAAAACUAGACUUUUCCACAGAUUACAUCCACCAACUGCCUGUGUGUAGUUCUGCGUGCGCACACCCACCCACCAACCAACCC